AUGGCUUCCAGGGCUGGAGUAUCCAUAGGCCGAGGUGCAGGCAGGGCUCAGGGCAGCGCACCGGGAUCUCCACCACGACCUAUGCAGGGGCGAGUAGGGGAUGGACCGGGAGGAGCCGGCGCGAUCUUCGUUGGGGGGUUGCUUACCGUACCGGCGCCGACCUCUCGUCGCUCUUUCCGUUACGACGGCCCUCGACCCCCUCCUUCGGGGCAGACGCCGACGCAGCCGGAGAGCGGCAGUGAGGAGGAGGAUGAGGAGGAGGAUGGUGAGGGCAAGAAGGAGGAGGACACAGAGGGGAGCGGGGAUGACAGCGAGGCGGCGUGGGACCCAGAGACGCAUGGCGGUGGAGAGGGGGGAGAUGAUGAUGAUGAUGAAGACCACAAGAUGGAUGGGUUGGAGCCAGAGGGGCGGGAGGAGGAGGUGGGAGAGGGUGGUGGAAGGGCGGCGACAGAGGCGGGAUUGCAGCAUGUGCGUGAAGGGGGAGGGAGCGUGGGGGUUAAGGUGGGGGGGAGAAAGGCCGUGACCGUUAGGGAGCCGAGGCAGAGGAAGAAGGCCAACAAGUUGAGGGAGCGGGCGUAUCCUUGCACGUUCACUGGGGAGCCCUUGGGCGAGGGUGUGAUCGCUCCCGAGUUCCUGGACGAGGACGGAGGGUCUGAGAGUAGUAAGGGGACUGGCAAGGGUAAUAGGAAGCCGGGGUGGCAAGUAAUGAUAUUCGGACCGUUAGGGGCAGACGAUAAGCGUCAGUGCAAGAUUUGCACAGACAGGAUUUCGUGGAAGAAAUCCACAACAACCUCCGGCGAGCGGCACUUUGCGAGCUUCCACACUGCGCACAUGCAUGUGUGGCAUCACUGUUACCACACCCCGUCCGUUCACUUGCCAGGGGAGACGUUUCCACGUGGGGGCUACAAGGGAGUGCCGGAUGGCUACGUCUAUCAGUGGCCACAUGCCAAGACUUGGCCGCAGCUCGCUAAGGGGAAAGGGAUGGCGACUGGUGGAGGUCAUGGGUCAGGCGGGAUGGAGCGGUGGAUGACAACCAAACUGACCUCGGUGCAGCUACCGCAGGAGAUCACGAAGCGAGUAGUCACCUGCGACCUCCCCUUCCGCAUCGUCGAGGCCAAGGCCUUUCGUGAGCUACUCAUCCUGCUAAACCGCAACUGCGCGCAGAAGAACUUCAUCCCCUCGCGCUGGACGGUUUCCCGCGAUACAGUGGUCUAUGCGGCUGCCGCUCUUCAGUCAGCCAUUGCGGAGAUGCUGGCGAAGGAGGGGGAGCUGGGGUGCAGGGUGUCGUUCACCAUCGACAUGUGGAGGUCGCACAACAACAGGGCGUGGCUAGUGGUAACGGGUCACUGGAUCGACGAGAAUUACCAGCUGCGCACAAUGGUGUUUGAAUUCCGCGAGAUUCACGGGCGUCACACGGGCAAGCAGAUGGCGAGGGUGGUUGAGGAGACUGUGGUGCAGUGGGGGUUGGAGACGCGUUGUUUUGGGUUCACCUCAGACAACGCCUCCAGCAACACUGCCGCUUUCAGGUGGGCCUAUGCGGCUUGA